AUUUCUCAUUGCGCCCCCCGAAAAUCAUGGAACAAGUGGUCAGUUGUGAUGUGUACUGAGCUAAGGGAUAACUGUGGCGUGUGGUGCGGCGUUUGAAGGGACACAGGAGAUGGUGUGGUGAAAAGGAGACACACUUCAAGGAUUUCAAACUUGUGCUGUCCGCAAGUUAUUGAUUUGUCAACACGCAUCGAGAUUUUCCAGGGGGAGAGCAGCAGCAGCAGGAGGAGGUCAACAGCGUCCGGGAGACAUGAGGUGGACUGCCGACAGCCAGACAGACACAAUAUAAGAGGUGCUGCGGGGACCUUCGAUGUUUGAGCAGAGAACAGCAAGACAAGUGAUGAUCAGCAACGACCAAUCCGACACCUUUGACUCCAUUCAAGAUGUGAUAGGGUUCACGCAGAACAACUCCCUGCACACAUUCCGGGAGAUGUGGUAUCACAUCUUCCUGUGGGCGCUCUUCUCCUCCAUAUUCGUCCACACGAUAGCCGCCCUGGUGGCCUUUGUCACGCUGCGGAAGCACAAGUUCGGGCGCUUCUUCUCCAUCCUCAUCCUCAUCAUGGGCGUGGUGUCGCCGGCCACCAGCGGCGUGAUCAGUUCGGCGGCCAUCGCCUUCGUCCAUCGGGCGUCCAGCCUCCAGAUGAGUCCAAUUUACGCCAUGAUCUGGGGUGUUGGCCAGACACUCCUCUCCGCCUGCAUUGGCUUCACACGGAUCCUCGCCACGCUGUAGGAGUCGCAAGUUCUCGCCUCCUGUGCGCAUUCGUCCCUCUGGACUGUUGAGAGAGACUCUGUCUGCAUACUUUUACUGUGCGUGUGUGAUUUUUUGGCUCUGCAUCUGGAACAGAGCGCUCCUCUUCACUAUACAAUGAUGUAAUUUUCCAGUUUUUCACUAUAUAGAGGCAUGUUGAUACCAUUAAUACACAUAACAUUAUAUACCAAUUCAGAAAAGAAAAGCUCACACAAGUGGCAAAGUGGAAAAGUGCGUUUGCCAGUUCAAAAAAAUCAUUUUUCUUUCAAUAAGAGGAUAAAAGAAAAACAACUGUUCACAAUCAUAUCAAAAAACUGUCUUUUCACAAGUCCUGCAAGGACGAGUGAAAGGCGCGAAAAGAAAUGGGAAAAGUUGUAAAGGAGUAUUUUUUAUAAAUUGUAGAUUGCAGUGAAACUGUAGUUGUGAAGAUCUUUGACUACAAUUUUCUCUCACUUUACUGAUUGUAUUCUAUUAUAGGUCUCUUGUACAAUUAUAUACGAUUUAUUGAUAGUUACUAUAUUGAUGGGACGAAUGGGAGGCGAAAAUGUGCAGAAGGAGAUUUAAGGAGGAGAAGGAGGAAAAUGAGAGAAAGCGAGGACGAUUGUUCUGUAGAAAUUACACUUUUAUUUGUUGAUGACAAUGUUGGUGGGCAUAUAGCGUAAAUAAACAAAUAUCUAAGUAGAUAGUGAGCUAGAAGGUAUCUUUAAGUG